AGAAAGGUUUUAAAAUUAAUGUCCCAUAUACUGGACAAAGUGAAUCAUCGGUUGUAAAUAAAAAACAUAAAAAUGGCCAGAAAACCUUUAAGCUCCAACGAUAUUCUCCAAAUGUUGGAAUCAGGCAAUGUAUCUGACAUAGAUUUAUCGGAGGAUGAUAAAGAAGAUCUCAUUGAAAUAGCAGAUGACUCUUUAAUUUUUAACGACCCUGCAUUAAUUGGUAGAAGAGAAAAUUUUGUAAGAGUAGGGGCGGAUGUGAUUCAUAAUAAUCAGACCGAAUUGCCUGAAGAUUUAAUUUUUGAAGAAAGUGACGAUGAAAGUUCUAAAGAAAAUAUAGAUACUUCGAACAAGCAAAUUUCUACAAAAGCAGCUAAAAUAAAAAUACAGUAUUAA